GCAUUUAUCCAGCCACCUACAAAUUUCCCGCAAAAAAUGCCGGGUACGAGAAGAAAAGUUGUCAAAACGGACCCGGUCGAAGAAAGCGAAGACAGUUGUGAUGAUGACGAUAAAUGCAAAGAUGAGCAGCAAUCCGGCAGCGCCUCAAAUAAAUACCAAUCUGAAAAGCGGCCAGCACAGUGGAUGUUCAUGCUAUCAGAUGAGAUCCUGAAAAGAGACAGCAAUGUGGAUAACCUUCCUGUGUUAGCUCAUCUUCGGCACCCAAGAACAGAUAAGUGUUCCCUCUUCAUGUUUAGUGAUGAGGACAGGACAGUUCAUGAGUUAUACCAGUUUAAAGAGGAAUAUAGUUCCUGGUUGAUUGGAGAUACUGUACAGUCAGAUGGCAGUAUGUACAUCACCACUCCUGUUGACUGUGUAUUUCUUGCUCUACCAUAUCUUAUUAAGGCUGCUCAGACGGGCAAGUUUAUGACGCUUGACCAGAUUAUCACAGACGAUGAUUAUGCAGAAUGUCGGAGAUUGGUGACAGCCUGUGAGAGGUGUGACCUUCAUCUUGUAACCGAUGUCAAAGGUGGUGAUGAUCUGAAGGCAUACAAAUACAACGAGGAGAAGACAUUGUCUUGGUUGAAACGUAAGACAGAACGGCUCAGCACAGAGCUCUCAGACAAGAAUGUGUUUGUUGGGUUGGCCAAAGCAGCUGAUCUUGUCCACAGCAGGGCAUCUCCAGAGGAGUACCUUCGCUAUGCCCAUGGCAUGGUCUCAGACUACCUAUCCAUAGAUAUGGCGAACAGUUUACGGGAGCAUCUCGGUAUUCCGGCUGUUCUGGAGAAGAGACCGUCUGAUGCCAACAACCCCCCUGCCAAGUUUGAGUACACUCAAUUUCUAGUGUUGCUUUGCAGAGAGUUUAAACUUGAGGAUAUGAAACCAUCCGAAGACUACAGUCAGAAUUGGAAGCAAGAAACAAAAGAAAACAAGGCUAAGCAGACGGCUGCUCAGAAGAAGUUGGACAAAGUGGACAAGUCUGGGAUGAAAAGCAUGAUGAGCUUCUUCUCUCCAAAGCAGAAAUCUUAGAAUAUGAGAGGGCUUUUCAUAAAGAUUAUCAUCUCUGAAAAUAGGACUUAAUGCAUGUGCGUAAACUUUCGUCCUAGCCUGUGCUUUUAUGUUUUGUUUUUAUGCCCCCGGUAGGGUGGCAUAUAGCAGUUUAACUGUCCGUCAGUAAGUCAGUAUGUCAGUCUGUCCGUUUGUCCGAAAACUUUCAUGGUCAUAACUUUUUCAAUAUUUAACAUAGCAACUUGAUUUGGCAUGCAUGUGCAUCUCAUGGAGCUGCACAUUUUGAGUGGUGAAAGGUGAAUGUCAAGGUCAUCCUUCAAGGUCAAAUGUCAAAUAUUCCCAGAAAACUUUAACAUUGGCCAUAACUUUUUCACUAUUGAAGAUAGCAACUUUAUAUUUGGCAUGCAUGUGUAUCUCCUGGAGCUGAACCAUUUUGAGUGGUGAAAGGUCAAGGUCAUCCUUCAAGGUCAAAGAUUAAACAAAAAAUUCAUUUCUCCAAUCAAUCUCUACUUCUCAUGGAGCUGCACAUUUUGAGUGGUGAAAGGUCAAGGUCAUUCUUCAAGGUCAAAGAUAUGGCUUCAAAGCGGCGCAAUAGGGGGCAUUGUGUUUCUGACAAACACAUCUCUUGUUUGUUUGUUUUAAAGGAAGUAAUUUCUGAGAGAAAAUCAAGUUGAGGCGGAAGGUGUGGUUCCUGAUUUACUGUUUGGACUGCACAAUUGGGACUGGGACACUUAACACACGUGCAUGAAGCCCAGCUUUCUCACGACGCUAGAAAUGUAGCUCACAAACAUUGCUAGUAACAUGACACCGACUUUUGUAUAUGAAUAUAUUUGAGAAAAAAGCUAAUAGUUUUUUUAGGAUAUAAUGCUUAAUAUGGAUUGUGGUCCAUCGCCCUCAUUAUGGUGUUUAUUAGUUAUAGCCCAUGCCAACAUUGCAUGGAUGGGGUAUGCUAGUUUCGUUUGGAUGUUGUUUUCCGGACUGUGAUUUCUUGUCUACAGCAUAUCUUGUAAGUAUUUGAGGCAUCUUCACAAAAACAGGUAGGGAGAUCUCAUUGAGGGGUGUGCAGUGCAUAAAAACAAUAACUUUUGCUCCCCAAUUUUUAGAGUUAUUGCCCAUUGUUAAUGUGUACUUUAAUUUUGUUAGCAGUAUGUCUUGCCCUUUGUCUAUUUAUUACAUUUAUAGCAUGAAUGGGACAAAUCUUGCAAACAAUUGGUGGUAACUUGACAUUAACUUUCCAGUACUGGAACCGAAUUUGAAGGCCUUUGCAAACAGUUUGGAUCCCGAUGAGACGCCACAGAACGUGGCGUCUCAUCAGGAUCCAAAAUGUUUGCGAUUCUGAUAGUAUUCUUUGAAAAAAAUUGAAGAAAAAGAAAAUGCUAAUUUUAGAAAUUCAGCAGACGACAUUUUAGCAGACGACAAAUUUCCCAGCAUGCAAAGGGUUAAUAAGUGGAUAUAGCUCUGUGAUGGGAAGUGGUAUUCACAAGAGUAAUAACUUUUGCUUUCAUAAUUUCCCAGUACUUGUCCUGUGCAUAUAUUUUCAUGCUGAAAUUGUGUCCAGGGCAAUUCUCGACAACAAAAUAUGAUAUGAAGACAAAACUUCAUAGGUGUGCAGAAUGCAAUGUUAAGAACCAGUUCUUUAAACCUAAAGCCUAAAAUUCCUUUUCUGUCUAUAGAAAACUCUACAAGCAAUUUUAAAAUGAACGUGAUUCUGUGCAAGAUCUGUUUGCUGGAAUUGUUUGUGUAGUUAGUGAUGUUAUUAGGAAAACAUUGUGCUACUAUUGAUGUGUUCACUUUAUUAUUUUACAGUCAUGGGUGUUUGUCAAUAUUUAUAAAUAAUUACAGAAAACAAGCACCACAUUGUGUUAGAAUGAACUUAAUGAAUAUAUGAGCUGUGUCGAAGAAAAUUGUUGAUUUGUAUUAAAUGACAAAUUGGUAGUUAAAA